GUUAUGUAAAUCGAUGGACACUGCCAGCUUUUUCGCUAUUUUCAAGUUAAAAUGCAUUUAUUUGCGGCAGCUGCAAAUGCAAACAAACAUUCGAAACAAGAAAAAAGGCGCGAACUGCGCUUGAAGCGAUUCUGGCGGUCGCCGAAAACAACAUCCUCGGACGACUCCACGGGCUAUGAGAGUCCGACGCGCACGAAACCAGCGGCAAGUGCCAGCAGCAGCGAUGGGCAACGCUUCAAUCAUCUGCACUACACCAGCCUCUCGCAGGGCUCCGGCACCUCAUCCUCGGCGACGGGCAUGGCGUGUCUGGGUCCACCGAGUGGUGUUGGUGGUGGUGCUGCAGCCACCACUGGCGCUGGGUCAUCCGGCAACAACAAGCCAUCCUGUUCGCUGCCGCUGCUCCAGGUGUGGCCCAGCCAGCCGCUCUUGCGCCAGGAGGGCUUCGUACAGUUGCGUCGUAACAGCGGCCCCGAGGGCCAGCGGGACUCACCGCGCGGCGAGGCAGAUGGCCAAUCGUUCAUAUUUCCCGCCAUCGUGGAGACGAAUGUCAGCAGCCCCGUGGGCGGAGGGAGCAGCAGCAACCUCAAUCUGAAUGCCAGACGCAGCCAGAAUCACCUGACCCUCAGCACGGAUCGACGCAGCUCGCUCUACUGUGAUACCCUGCACGCCGGCGACUCGGGCAUCGACUCGGUGCAGGCAUCGCCCUCGCCCAACGCCUUUAUCGCCCCGCCGGGUGUGCUCAGCCUGCCCAUGGGUCGGACGGGCGGUGGAUCGUGCCACGUGUCGCCCACGAGUACGCCGACACAGGGCUCGCCGAACUUGUCGCUGGGGCGGCGGGGCAUCAGGAACAGCAUCUGUGUGGUGCCCAGCGGAGAUGGAGGGAGGCGCAAGUCGAGCGCCUUGCUCCAUCCGGACCAUGCCCGGCUGUUUGCGUUGAGGAUGAAGCAUGCGGCGGCUCUGGAACGGGCGCAGACAUCGCCAGACCAAACCUCCAUCGAGGAUGCCAAUGAGUUCCAUGACAACGGACUGGCCACAAAUCUGCGGCUGUGCUCGGCCUCGUCAUCGACGACGUCGUCGCUAACAUCCGUGGCAGCGGUCAGCCUGGGCGGAUCCGGCGGCAUUGGCGCUGCCGGUGGUGUGGGUAGCUGUGUGGUCGGGCUGGGCAUUGGCAUUGGCAGCAGCGGCCUGGCCACCAGCAGCGGCAGCGGUGGCGCCUGCUCCUCCGGCUCCGCCUAUGCUGUGGGCGCGGCGGGCGUCCAGCAGCGCGUCUCCGAUCCGUGGCUGCAGCCACAAUCGGAUCGGGAGCGAGACUCCCGGCAUGAUGGCCGCCGACGUUCCUCAACGAUGACCGCCCGCUACUCCCUCUUCGAUGCCCUCGACCUGGAGUACGUCCUGCUGAGGGCCGCAGCCAGGGGUUCGGUGGGUCCGUACAGCCUCAGCGAGUCCAUACACAAGCUGACCUUCACCCAAUCCCUGGCAUUUCCCGCUCUGGCCCGCGGCCUGGCCACCAAGCGGCGCCGAUCGGCCACGCACACCAGCUCCCGGCCCCUGAAUCCGCACGAGUCCGGUCUGAACACCUGCGCCAAGGUGGUCACCGCCGUGGUGCUGGUGGCCCUCUCCUUUAUGGUAUUCUUGAUAGUGUACAAGUUUGUGCGAACGUGAGGUUUGCUCCUGGCCCCGUCGCCAGAGUUGCCAGUCACAUAUCAGGCCAACUACGGACUGGAUGAUUCCUCAUCCAUCAUCUCAUCAGCUGGCCGCAGUCUGGGCAAACACAUGUCGGGGUUCAGGAGCAAAUUAGGUCUGCGUGAGGCUGACUUUGAGUGAUCCCCUCGCCUGCCAGGGGGAACUACAGUAGAGCAUUAGAGGAGGCGUAGAAGGGUUAGGCUGUAGAUGCUGUAGGGUGCAGAAAAAAGUGCGUAUUGAAAAUUUUUGUGAUAAACUAUCAAUGAAAAGCAAAUUUUCCACAAAACAAGAAUCCAA